AUGACGACCAUCGCGACGUCGAUUUGCGAGCAACCAGGCGAGAAUGUAGUUCGAGAACCUUUCGUUACGAACGGGCACUACGACGAUGCCGAGGCGAGCGCUGGAACGUCCCAUGAUGCACCGAGUGGGUCUGCAAAGUCUACGGCGGAUGCCGCGAAAGAGAAGCUGGUUAAGUACAAGGGCGUGCAUGAAGCACCCGCAGAAGUGAAAAAUCACCUGAUGGUACAUGAAGAUAUAUUGGAUGCGGCUCUUGUCGGCCUACCUGGCGAGGUGCCAAGGGCAUAUCUGAUCCUGAGAAGACCUGCCGCAUUGAGCAAGGUCGACGCGAAGCUGUGUGUCAAAUUCCAGACUAGAAAUCGAGAGAACAAGCGGAGGCAGAAGAAGAGGCGAAAUCGACUCUGCGAGGCCUAA